GAUGGCUAGUGAGGUUUAGAUUAUGUUGAGCCCUAUCUUUGUUCUAUGGGAUACUGUAUAUCCCUUAUACACGUAUGGCUCCAUCAUCAUUAUUGCAUUAAUUAUUUGGCAAGUUAAAAAGAACCUGCAAGAAUUAAUGCUGGGACCUAACAGGAGCUGUUGCCGCCAUCACUGGAGAGUCAAAUAAAGAGCUAAAGAUAGAACAUCAAGAGCUAGGAGACUUCCCCAGGAGGAGGCUGAGAAGCCGUGGGAGCUGCUCUCUAUCAUGAAAAGCCAAAGCUGGCUUCCUCAGGAGGGAAGUGUGCGGAGUAUCCUGUGUACAGACACCAGCUUCCAAACCUGUGAUCGCAUGGCCCUGGAGAUUCAGCAUUUGCUGCCAGCUGUCCAGUUAACCAAUACAAUCAACAUCCAUGACGACUGGACUGAGCACCUCAAACUAAGGCAGGGAUUUCAAGUGCCAGAGGUGCCUUGGGGCCCAGACAUGAUGUCUUUUUCAAGCCUUCAGGAGCCUAGAAUUCUGAUGAACCAAGAGGAGUUGACACACAGCGACACCAACCUUGUCUACAGGAACCAAGAGCAGCAGCCCUUGAUUUCCCAAGUGUCUCUGCUGACCCUGAACCAAGAAAUCACUACCUUGACACAUCCCAUAGCCUUGCACAUGGCAGCUGCCCUCCCUGCCCAACUGCCAUUCCUCUGUCCUGAAGUCCUGAGACUUCUUGAAGUUCAUGUGAAAAAAUGGAUGCAUUUCCAGAGGUGGGGGCUCCCCAGACGUGUGGAGGAGUCCCUGAGGCAGCUUAUGCCAAACCCACCAUUCUUUUAUGGACCUGAACAUAAUCAACCAGUUUCUUUCCUCCAAAAUACUUCUGAGUUUGCUUUCGAGAAUUUGGGGGCCAUUUCCUACCAGACCUGGGGUUCCUGUGUGACGGCCAGCCCACCCAGGCCUUCUGGGUCUUGGAAUGGCCCAUUAUGGACCCGGAACAAAGACACCACUACCAGCAAAUCCCAAACCAUGUGGCUUGGACAGCCUCUCCCUCUCCAGCCCUUAGAACACUUUAGUGGCCUCUACCCAUUUCCUGGGCAACAGGUUUAUGACACGGUGGGCCGUUUGCAACAGAAAUACAGCCAGCUAUUCUGUGGCCUCCCUUCUCUACACAGUGAGUCCCUAGUUGACACUGUCUUGGGCUCUCAAGGCUUCUCCACAAACGGUAGCAUGUCCAGGUACCCCUUGAAUGAUCCUUUUCUCUUCAAGGGGCUCUCCUUCCUCCCGGUGCUGCCUACAAGUCCAUCCCAGUCAGCCCCACCGUCUUUCCCAUCUUCCCCCAGUUGGGUCGCUCCAUCUGAGCAGCGAGCUCAGGUCAGUGUUGCAUUUCUGACUCUGGCCCAGUGUGAAGCCUUGGAGUGGCACCUGCUGCAGAGGCAGCUCCAGCAUCAGUGGGGUUUGCCAGCUGUCUUCUACCCACACUUGUUUGACCAGGCCAAGGCAAUACUGCGGAGCCAUAUCAACUCCAAAAGUGGGCAGAUUCAUCAGGGCAAGGUCCCUGCCUGUGUAUACAGCUCCUGGGAGUGCAUAAUUCCUGGGAGCCUGGAAGUGACUCCCCGCACCUGCAUCCCAGAAAGCAAGCCCCUGGAGCUACAGGCAGCAGCUGGCCCUGACCUCCAGCAGGCAGUUAUGCCCUGGAUGCCAACAGCGCCUGAGCAGCAGCAGGCCUCACCAGGUGUUGUCAGUGAACAUCCUAAGCUGCCCCGAACCCUGUCCAAGAGAGCCAUUGAGAAACUGGAGAUGACUUUACGACACAAGUAUCUGGCCUUCUUGUCAGGGCUGCCUGCUCUUUAUUCUGUGACUCUCUCUGGGGCCAUGGCACCAGUAGUCACUACCCAGGCUGUAAUCACAGAGAUGGUGCCUGGACCUGACAAAUUCCCAACAGAGCCACUGACUCGGAGGAUCUCCUCUGAUGAGCAGCAUCUAAGUCCCGGGUCCGGCUUUCAGGAUGCCAGUGAGACUUGUGCAGACAUUGCAGAUGAGUUCCUGCCUGAAGUGGAGGCAGAAGGAAUGACUGAGAUGGUGCCUCCAGACAGCCAACCAGAGCCAGCUCGAGCCUACUCACUAAAGAAACCCCUCUUAGCCAAACUAAAUUUCCACCUGAGAAAGAAGAUCCUAGAGGUACAACUGGAAAUUCCCAUAAAGGCGAGGGAGUCCAGGGAACAAAGGGCAGCGAUCUCAGAGAACAUAUGCAGCCAGGAGUCUCCUGGAAGUCUAAACAACCAAGGAAAAGCAUUGCUCCAGGAACUCCCCAUCCCAGCAGACAUUCCUCAUGACCCGGGUCCAGAACGGCUCCACCUCAAAGAGCAGCUGCCCACUGAGUUAAAGGCAGUGAAGCAGAACCAGAAGCAGCCACGUUCCAGAGCAGUACCUCAAGGUUCUGCCCACUGGGCCUCCAAAGUCUCACAACCCAGUGGAGACACAGCAGAGGCCCGGGUGCUUUGUGUUCAGCUGGAAGGCAGCAUGAACAGCCCCAGCCUGCGGGAGCCCUGGAGUCGUGAGCCCCAAAGCUCUGGCAAGAGCAAGGACUUGGCCCAAUCCCAGCAUCGCCCUCAGCUUGACCUCCCAGAGCUACCUCCGGGAGUCCCUAGGGGGAAGGAAUCCAAGAAGCAUGGCCUGCCAGAUAGUCAAACCAAGCUCAGUGUCAUCCGCAAACCAGCAAGGAUUCCUGAGAAUGCCCGGCCUGUAGUGCCCCAGGUGUCACAGGGCCAGCCUCUCCUGGGCCAGCUCAUUCAGAGCCAGUCCAUACCCACAAGAGCCCCAGCCUCCCAGAGUGGCUUGAGAAGCAAGAUGAAAUCCUUUCUGAACCAUAUUAACCCCAAGACAAAAGGCCAAGGGCACAGGGAAUCCAAGUUCUUUACAGCUGAGAAAGUGGCCAACACCGGAAAAGAGAAUGUAGCAAAGAGCCUGGCUCCAGCCAAAAGUCCCAUGGGGCGAACUCAGACAGAGAAGGCAAGACAGAGAGGGCGAGGCCCAGUCUCCCCCCACUGAGAAGUGGGGCCUGGCCUUCGUGGGUGGCCCUCACCCCCCAGACAGCAAGCUCGGGCACCACUCCCAUCCACUCCACUCGGCCUCAGUCCUGGGCCACCCCCGCCACUGCCCUCAGCACUGUCCCCGAGUGGCUUGUGCCACCCAACAAAGGAAACCGCCCUAACUCUCAAGCCUCGUCUCAGAGGGAAAUGCUGGUCUGCUUAAGAUGACCCUGCUCAAGCCACGCUGUGGGCUCCCCAACGUCCUCAGUCCUUGGAGAGGACCAUUACUGUCAUUUCAUUGUUGUGCGGGUGGGGCAGAGCGGCCCCCAAAAUACACUCUAUAUCUCUAAUCAGUUUCUGUCUGCUCCUUCCCUCCACUCUGGUGUGUUCAGGGAAGGCAUGGUAGAGGCUACACCCAUCCGUCCAGUCUAUGGAAGCUUUAUCCCACAGUGCAGCUGGGGCAGCAUUCCACACAACUCCUCCCAGCCCCACCCUGGAGAAGGAAGGCCCUUGUGGAAGGUGCACUGAAGGGAAGGGUCAAGCUUCGAUUCUGUCAUGACCUCCAUGGCGUCCUUUGGCCCAGAAGAGCACUGUGGACAUGAGCAAAUACUGACAGGAAUCCACAGGCAGAAUUCAUUCAUGACUUCUGUAUACACCCCCAAUCUGGAGGGGACGUUUUUAGAGGAGUUCCACAGUACUCCAACCUUGAGGAGGUGCUUGUGUUUAUCAAAAGCACACAGCUAAUAA